UUCUAAGUCUGUGCGACCAGUGUCGAGUGCAGAGAAGUUAGAAUGAAAUCAUCCAUGGGGAUGGGGUGGUUGUUUCCUGUGUUGCUGCUCUUUCAUUUUUCAUUCUCCCAUUCCUUGUGUCACCCCCAUGACUACCUUGCAUUGCUUCACUUCAAGGCCUCCUUAACCAUUGAUAUUACGUAUAGAUAUUGUGAUGAGGUUUAUCCAGGCAUUAGAACAUGGGGAAAUGGAACAGAUUGCUGUUCAUGGUCUGGAGUGACCUGUCACCCCAUUUCUGGUCAUGUCAUUGCCUUAGACCUUCCAUGCGCUGGGCUUCAAGGUGAAAUCACUGCAAACAGUACCCUUUUCAGUCUUUCUCAUAUGCAAUCACUCAACCUUGCUUUCAACGACUUCUUCACCUCUCAGAUUCCAUCCACCAUAGGUGAGCUUGUGAGCCUCACACACCUCAACUUGUCUUCUUCAAACUUUCAAGGUGAAAUUCCUUCCCAAAUCUCACAUCUUUCCAAAUUACAAUCACUUGAUCUCUCUGAUGAGUUUGGGUUAAAGUGGGAAGAAGGCACAUGGAAGAGGAUGCUUCAAAAUGCAACCGGUUUAAGGGUGCUAGUUUUGGAUUGGACAGAUUUGUCAUCAACUUCAAUGAGCUCACUCAAUCUGUCUUCCUCUUUGAUCACUAUAAGUGUUAGAGGAACUGGGUUAAAGGGAAAGUUGACAGAUGGCAUUCUUUGUUUGCCAAAUCUGCAACACCUAUAUCUAUCACGUAAUUUUGACCUUCAUGGCCAACUUCCGGAUCUGAGUUGUACUUCAGAUUCUCUCAAUGUCUUAGAAAUAUCUAAUUGUGAACUCUUUGGGCCAAUCCCUCCUUCUUUCUCUAACCUCACACAUCUUACUUCAUUGGACCUCUCAAUCAACAACAUCAACGGUUCAAUUCCACCCUCUCUCUUAACCCUUCCACGUCUAAAUUAUCUGCUUCUCAAUAAUAAUUAUCUCGGUGGUCAAAUACCAAAUGUGUUUCAUAAGUCAAACAAAUUUGAAAAAUUGGAUUUGAGUAGUAACAAAAUCCAAGGUGAGCUGCCAUCAACAAUUUCAAAUCUUCAACACCUCAUUCACUUGGAUAUAUCGAGUAACAGAUUAGAGGGACCUCUGCCCAACAAAAUGACUGGGUUUUCAAAUCUAACUACAUUAAGGUUGACUCACAACUUGCUAAAAGGUACAAUUCCUUCUUGGUGUUUCUCUUUGCCAUCGUUGGAGUAUUUAUAUCUAUCCAAUAAUCAGUUCACUGGGCGUAUGCCUUUAAUCUCGUCAUAUUCCUUGCGGAGUCUAUUUUUGGAUGACAACAGGCUACAGGGCAAUUUUUCAGAAUCAUUUUUCAACCUUGUCCACCUUACUCACUUGUCUCUGUCAUGGAACAACUUCAGUGGUUCUGUCAAUUUUUCACUCUUCUCCAAGUUCCAAAAUCUGCAAUAUCUUAACCUUUCAAAUUUAAGUCAAUUAUCACUAAACUUUGAAUCAAACGUCAAUUAUAGUUUCUCCCGCUUGCAGGACUUGGACUUGUCUUCCAUGGGUUUGACUGAAUUUCCAAAUUUAUCAAGAAAAACCCCAGCUUUGCUAUAUCUCUCUUUGUCGGACAACAAGUUGAAUGGAAAAGUGCCCAAUUGGUUGCAUGAAAUGGAUUCUUUAAAAUAUGUAAGCCUAGACCGAAACUUUUUGACAACAGGAGUGGACCAAUUCUCUAGGAACCAGCAACUCGUAUAUCUUGAUCUAAGUUUCAAUUUACUCACUGGUGCUAUCUCUUCGUCAAUUUGUAAUGCAACUACCCUUAACAUUCUCGUGUUGUCCAACAACAAGUUGACAGGCAGCAUUCCACAAUGCCUUAUGAGUUCAGAAUCCCUUUUUGUUUUGAAUCUAGAAAGAAACAGACUUAAUGGAACUUUACCAAAUACCUUUGCAAGCAACUAUCUCAUCAGUCUGAAUCUCAAUGACAACCGAUUUGAAGGCCCUUUGCCAGAAUCAUUGUCCAACUGCAUGCUACUGGAGUUUUUAAAUCUUGGCAACAAUCAACUGGAAGAUGCAUUUCCCCAUUGGCUUCAAACUCUUCCGUAUUUGAAAAUAUUGAUUUUGCGGGCUAAUAAGUUGCACGGUCCAAUUGGCAUGUUCAAGACCAAGAAUGAAUUUCCCAGUUUAAAUAUUUUUGAUAUCUCAUCCAACAACUUCAGCGGCCCAAUUCCAGAACACUACAUACAAAGUUUUGAAUUCAUGAAGAAUGUUCAAUAUCUGGUGAUUGGCAAUUCACCACAACAAUACAUGGAUUGGCCCAGCUCUUUUGGGAUAUUCUUUCCUCCUACGAUUGUAACAAGAAAAGGUAUUAGCAGGCCAUUCAAAAAAAUUCCGACAAAUUUUGUGAGCAUUGAUUUAUCAGGAAACAAAUUUGAAGGAGAGAUUCCAAAAGUAAUUGGAGAGCUUCAAGCACUCGUAGGACUUAACCUCUCCCACAACAGACUCAGUGGUCCUAUUCCCCAAUCCAUGGGAAAUUUGAGAAUGUUGGAGACUUUGGAUCUCUCUUCAAAUAUGCUCACCGGUAUGAUUCCUGCAGAAUUCCUGAAUAUGAAGUUUCUUGAAGUACUGAAUCUUUCCUAUAAUCAUCUUGUGGGAGAAAUACCCAUAGGAAAGCAAUUUUAUUCUUUUUCGAAUGAUUCCUAUAAGGGAAACUUGGGUCUAUGUGGGGAUCCAUUGACAAUGAAAUGCGGCCAGAAGCAUGAUGAAGAUCCUCCACCCUCACAAAGCUUGUGGAGAGAAGAGAAAUUUGGAUUUGGUUGGAAAGCAGUAGCUAUAGGAUAUGGUUGUGGAACAGUAUUUGGAGUGGGGAUUGGAAGUUUUAUGUUUUUUAUGGGACAGCCAAAAUCGCUUGUGAGAAUGUUUGGUGGUUGACUGUAUUAGAUGCUGAAAAGGAACACUGUGUCGAGGAUUCAUCAAAGAAUAAAUCGGUUCAUGCAAAUGUGAUAAUUAAUAUGUUUUUUUUUCCUUUCCUUAUCUUAAGAGUAUUUCAAAGUUUAUAAAUCUAGCAAGUUUGUGU